CGUCCCACAGCUGCACAAGUCCUAAGAAACUUAGCGAAGUUGUCCAGCUCCUGGUUACUCCUCAUCCUCGUCUUCAUCACCUCUAUUAUCUCCUGGAAGCUCUGAGAAGUCAUAGGUCAUGGCCAGCAUCCCCGUCCUCCUGCUGUUGCUCGGCGGGACGUUUCUACUCAGCGGCACCCCUGCACAGAGGAUCAGAGCUCGCCACCACAACAUGAAGGUUCGGAUCAACGCCACAGGCGACACCAUCGUCAUGAAGUUUGUGCGUCCGAGUCCAGAUGUGAAGCUCGAGGGUUACAUCCUGGGAUACGGCAGCAGCGUGUUCUCCAAACAGCUGAUCCCGCUACCCGAGAACGGAAAACCCUACGAGACGGAGAUGGACGCAGAACCGAAGUACCUGGUGGCCGUGCAGCCGAUCCCAGCCAACGAUGUGAAGAAACACUGUACAGGUAAGGUUAACCUGGAGAAGCCGCUCCACCUGGUGAUUGGCUCCAUCAGCCCCACGUCGGUGCUGCUGUCCUGGGGAAACCACCUGAAGACGCCCUACGAAGGGAACGUCAUGAACGAGUGUCUAGAGGAAGGAUAUUACACCAUCCGCUUCAGGGAGAGGAACAGGAAGUGGAUCUACCAGACGUGUCCAACCAGCGACACGGUGAUCGAUAACCUAAAGCCCAACACGCCGUACGAGUUUGGUGUUCGCUCCAACAAAGACAACCGCAGCGGCAUGUGGAGCAAACCGGUGGUCCACAACACCAACACAGGCAAUAAGAACGGCCAGCAGCCGUACAAGCAGCGCCAUCCUCCACCAAAGCUGAUGAAACCUCUGAAAAACAUCCCUGUUCGUCCUGCUCUGCACAACAACACAAGACCUCAUCCCCCCUCUCUGAUCAAAUACCCCGGUUUUUCCGGAUUGCCGCGCUCCUCCUUUGAGUCGGUCCCUGAGAGCCAGCAGGAAACUAUCCCUCUGCCCAGCUCUGAGCCCAAACUUCUUCUCGAGUUGCCCGAAAAAGGAAACGGUCUUAGGACCAACAGAACCCGACCAGCGGAUCGUCCGACUCCUGCCCUUUCCAUACUCCUUCCCACGACUACCACCCCCACCACCACCUCCUCCACCCUUCGCACCAUCUCCCCCAUCACUAAAUUACCCUCCAAUGGUGGCUCUCUUCACGGUCAGACCACUAAGGCCCCACCUACUCGAGCUCCUGAGAAGCGUCCCAGUCCUGCGGUGAUGCUCAGGUCACAGGAUGGCUCGUUGCUGCUGAGAUCAGUGCUGGCCAACGAGCAAAUAAAAGCUAACACCUGGGGUCGAGGCAGCAACAGAAACGUGAACCCGUCUCUGCCUUUCAGACCCUACAGUCCAGCAGCUUCUUCAGAAUCUGGAUCCCUGAGGCCUGCACUGAGAAACCCCCUCUAUCCCUUCUCUAACGGAUACAGACCCUCUUCCUCUAGAUCCAGUAGCUCUUCCCCGACGGUGGAAAUACUUGGGGCAAAUGGACAGCCACACCGGGGCAUUGCCCAGGCCAAACCAGUCUUAUGGUCCAGAACUCGACUGGGAGCCGUUCCUCGUCCAGCUGUCCACGCCAAACCAAACUUUGUCAGAAAACUUGGAGAAACGGAUAAAGUCAACCUGGUGGAGAAAAGUGAAAAGUCGGACUUCCUGCCACAGAAAGUUCCACCAGCGACCGCCAAACCAACCAAACUGGAGCGAACGAAGACCACGACGGUUCCUCCUACAGCUGCUGCCACUAAGCAGGAGACCUGGGAAGAGUCGGACCUGUUCAAGUCUCAGCCAGCCUCCGACAUUGACGCGUUGGGGAACAAACGUUAUGUUGCUCCUCAUGUAGUCUACCAGACGGGAAAGAAACCAGAUGAGCCUUGCUCCAUCACCUCCUCUCUCACCUACUUCCCUGAAUCUGAACCUGGAGAGACAAAUGUGACAUCUCGUCCCAAGAACCCACCGUCCAACCUCACCGUGGUGACGGUGGAGGGGUGCCCAUCCUUCAUCAUCCUGGACUGGGAGAAGACCGACAACCACACCACCGAAUAUGAAGUCAUCUCCACCGCUAAAGGUCCUGAUGGAGAGCAGGUCUCAGUCCUGACCACCAACCAGACUCACACAGCUGUGGAAAACCUCAAACCUGAGAGCAGUUAUGAGUUCAAGGUGAAGCCGAAGAACGAGCUGGGAGAAGGUCCUCCGAGUGAGCCGGUGUCCUUCAGCACGGAGUCUGCUGAUCCUCGAGUCAGUGAGAACGUUUCAGGGAAAGACGCCAUCUGGACCCAGUUCCCCUUUAAGACAGACUCCUACUCUGACUGCCACGGGAAGCAGUACGUGAAGAGGACCUGGUACCGCAAGUUUGUGGGCGUCCAGCUCUGCAACUCGCUCAGGUACAAGAUCUACCUGAGCGACUCGCUCACCGGUAAAUUCUACAACAUUGGAGAUCAGAGCGGUUUCGGAGAGGACCACUGUCAGUUUGUGGAUUCGUUCCUGGACGGACGGACGGGC